AUGCUGGCCAAGAGCCUGGCUGCCUCCCUGAGCUGCCAGUUCAAACGCAUCCAGUUCACCCCCGACCUGCUGCCCAGCGACAUCACCGGUGUCUCCAUCUACAACCAGAGCAACAGGGAGUUUGAGUUCCGCCCCGGCCCGGUGAUGGCCCAGUCGGCCCUGCUGGAGGCAAUGGAAGAAUUGCAGAUUUCGGUGGACGGCGCCACUCAUCGCCUGGAGCCGCCGUUCAUCGUGCUGGCAACCCAGAACCCCAUCGAGUACGAGGGAACGUUCCCGCUGCCCGAGGCGCAACUGGACCGGUUCCUGAUCCGCAUCAGCCUGGGAUAUCCAGACUUUGCCGAGGAACUGGCGAUCAUCGAGCGCCAGGAGCAGUCCCACCCCAUCGACGCCCUGCAGUCCGUGGCCACGCCUGAGGACGUGGUGCGGCUCCAAACGGCGGCCCGGGAUAUCUACGUGGACGGCACAGUGCGAGAGUACAUCGUGGGGCUGGCUGAGGCCACUCGCAACCACGAAGAUGUGGCCCUCGGCGCCUCGCCCCGGGCAUCGCUGGGCAUGUUCCGGAUGGCCCGCGCCUACGCCCUGGUGCAGAACCGCGACUACGUCAUUCCCGACGACGUGCAGUCGCUGGCCUUCGGUGUCAUCGGGCACCGGAUAAUCCUCUCCCCGGCCGCACGAAUGCGCCGUAUGCAGCCCCGCGAGGUCAUCGACCGGCUGCUUGAUUCCGUCCCCAUCCCGGGCGCCGUGCGUUAG